UGUAGUGUACACAUACACACUCUCUCACAUAUAAAUCUCUUUCUUCUGAAAUCUGCAUUUCUGUUCACUCUUUUUAAUUUUAUUAACUUUAUAAAAUGGCCUCUUAGCAAAGAGAUCACCUUUUUUUUUUUCUUUUUUUUUUUUUGUUAAUGUCUCUCCCCACCAAACGCUCUGCCACCGCCACCAGCUCCUCCUCCACCAGCAGCGCCGCCGCUAAUAGUUUUCCUCCAAUGAAGAAAGCCAAGUCACAAGCUGUAUCCGCUUGCUCACCUCUCGACACCACCACUAACAAAAACGGUAUUCACCACUUCAAUCCUUCCACUACUGCUGCCGCGGAAAACGAUGUCGUUUUCGACCCUUCUUCAAUGAUGUCUCUCGAUGACGAUCCUAAACUCGACGACGACCACCACCGCUCUCAUCAUCAUCAUCCUCCUGCCGCCGCUAAUUUAUCUCGCAAAAAAGCUACUCCUCCUCAGCCUGCAAAAAAGCUUGUUAUCAAGCUUGUUAAAGCUAAACCAACAUUACCUAUAAAUUUCGAGGAGGAUACAUGGGCAAAGCUGCAGUCAGCUAUUAAAGCUAUAUUCUUGAAGCAACCAGAUUCCUGCGACCUGGAGAAGCUUUAUCAAGCUGUCAAUGAUCUUUGUCUGCACAAGAUGGGUGGAAAUCUUUAUCAGCAAAUUGAAAAAGAAUGUGAAGCACAUAUUUCUGCAGCUCUACGAUCUUUAGUUGGUCAAAGCCCAGAUCUGGUGGUCUUCCUAUCACUUGUUGAGAGAUGCUGGCAGGAUCUUUGUGAUCAGAUGUUGAUGAUUCGUGGUAUAGCCUUGUAUCUAGAUAGAACAUAUGUGAAACAAACCCCAAAUGUGAGAUCAUUAUGGGACAUGGGGUUGCAGCUUUUCCGUAAACAUCUUUCUCUGUCUCCUGAAGUGGAGCAUAAAACUGUUACUGGCCUUUUGCGAAUGAUUGAAAGUGAGAGAUUAGGUGAAGCAGUCGAUAGAACUCUCCUUAAUCAUCUUUUGAAGAUGUUUACUGCUUUAGGAAUUUAUGCAGAAAGCUUUGAGAGACCAUUCCUUGAGUGCACAUCUGAAUUUUAUGCUGCCGAAGGCAUGAAAUAUAUGCAGCAAUCAGAUGUUCCAGAUUACUUGAAACACGUGGAGAUAAGGUUGCAUGAAGAGCAUGAAAGAUGCUUACUGUACCUUGAUGCAAGUACUAGAAAGCCACUUAUUGCAACUGCCGAAAGGCAGCUCCUAGAACGCCAUAUAUCUGCCAUUCUGGAUAAGGGGUUCAUGAUGCUAAUGGAUGGCCAUCGAAUUGAGGACCUUAAGAGGAUGUACUCAUUGUUCUCAAGGGUCAAUGCACUUGAAUCGUUAAGGCAGGCCCUUAGCUCAUACAUACGAAGAGCUGGGCAAGCCGUUGUCAUGGAUGAAGAAAAAGAUAAGGAUAUGGUAUCCUCUUUGUUAGAGUUUAAGGCUUCUCUUGACACAAUAUGGGAAGAAAGCUUUUCUAAGAAUGAAGCAUUUUGCAAUACCAUAAAGGAUGCGUUUGAGCACUUAAUUAAUAUGCGCCAGAACCGACCAGCCGAGCUGAUUGCGAAGUUUCUGGACGAGAAACUUCGUGCUGGAAAUAAGGGUACUUCUGAAGAAGAGUUGGAGGGUACACUUGAUAAAGUUUUGGUUUUAUUCAGGUUUAUUCAGGGCAAGGAUGUGUUUGAAGCAUUUUACAAGAAGGAUCUUGCUAAAAGACUGCUGUUGGGAAAAAGUGCUUCUAUUGAUGCAGAGAAAUCUAUGAUAUCUAAGCUAAAAACUGAGUGUGGAAGUCAGUUUACAAACAAACUUGAAGGAAUGUUUAAGGAUAUUGAGUUAUCAAAGGAAAUAAACGAGUCCUUCAAACAAUCAUCCCAGGCCCGGACAAAACUUCCAUCUGGUAUUGAGAUGAGUGUUCAUGUCUUAACAACAGGGUACUGGCCUACAUAUCCACCCAUGGACGUUAGGCUUCCUCAUGAGCUAAAUGUCUAUCAGGAUAUUUUCAAAGAAUUCUACUUAAGUAAGUAUAGCGGCAGGCGCUUAAUGUGGCAAAAUUCAUUGGGUCACUGCGUGUUGAAAGCUGAAUUUUCGAAGGGUAAAAAGGAGCUGGCCGUUUCUCUGUUUCAGACUGUCGUUUUGAUGUUGUUCAAUGAUGCACAAAAGCUUAGCUUUCAAGAUAUCAAGGACGCCACAGGCAUAGAGGACAAGGAACUGAGGCGAACUUUGCAAUCGCUUGCGUGUGGAAAAGUUCGUGUCCUGCAAAAGCUGCCAAAAGGGAGGGAUGUCGAGGAUGAUGAUUCAUUUGUAUUCAAUGAGGGAUUCACUGCUCCUCUAUAUCGUAUAAAGGUCAAUGCGAUCCAGAUGAAGGAAACUGUAGAGGAGAACACAAGCACGACUGAGAGAGUAUUUCAGGACCGGCAAUACCAGGUUGAUGCUGCUAUUGUUCGGAUAAUGAAGACGAGGAAAGUCUUAAGUCACACUCUUCUGAUUACAGAGCUCUUCCAACAGCUCAAGUUUCCCAUCAAGCCAGCAGAUUUAAAGAAGAGGAUAGAGAGCCUCAUUGACCGGGAGUACCUGGAGCGGGACAAGAACAACCCUCAGAUAUACAAUUACCUGGCAUAAUCCAUUUUGCGACCAUAAAAAAGAAAAAGAAAAAGAAAAAGAAAAGAAUCCUCUUGUAAAUGGGAAACAUGUAACCUCUUUAAGAGGCAGCUGAGUCCCCCUAAGAGUAAUGUACAGUAAGAGUUGUAGUGGUUUAUUUUUGUUGCAAGCACUCUUUAAUUGUAAAGCAUAUUUAGCCUUUCUUUCA